GAGACAGUGGAGCUGGUGUGAAAGGCAGUGGUGGCCACACAGGUGGAUUAUAGAUGAGUUCCUGCAACAUUCCAUACCAGGUUCCUUACCAUGCCUCCAUCCCAGGUGGGCUGUUCCCAUCCAGGGUCAUCACUGUAUCUGGGAUUGUCCCACCCAAUGCUAAGAGGUUUAGCAUCAACCUGUGCACUGGGAGUGACAUCGCCUUCCACCUGAAUCCUCGUUUUGAUGGAAACAUUUUAGUCCGAAACACUCAGAUACAGGGGUCCUGGGGGUCAGAAGAGCGAAGCCUGCCCUUCGAUAUGCCUUUCAGACAAGGAUACAGCUUCACGGUGGGAAUCAUAUGCGAAGCCCACUGCUACAAGGUGACACUAGACGGCCAACACCUCCUGGAAUAUGUCCACCGCCUAAAGAACCUGCCGGCCAUCAAUCACCUGGAAGUGAAAGGUGACAUCAAGCUCACUAAAGUGACUGUCUAGGUGGCUCCCUGGCCUGUGGCAUUACUGUUUUCAUCUCCUCCUGCUCCGCUUCCAUGCCCCGCACCAGCUUCCUGACCCCUAACAUCUGAGCAGAGGAGCCUCUCAUCCUACCAGCAGGCAGACCUCCAGCUCCAGUCCCCUGGCUAGAGGGGGUCCUGAGACCGCUGAGCCCCCAGCAAAGGCCCCCACUGCAUGGGGCUCUCAAUCCCCCUCCCAUCCUCUGUGCAGCCCCAACUGGGUCCCAAGCCACAGGCUGUGCACUGCAGAAAUGAGGAGACCUGCAUGGACCUCCCGUUCCCAUGACCCUAGCCUCUCUCCUUGGCUUUGCACCUGCUGCAAACCUAACCCCUUGGGGAAGGCUGCUCUGGUGACCCCCCUCUGGAAUCGAUCAAACUGAAUAGAACUUUCUCAGCAUGGGCUCUUCCCUUUCCUGGCAUCCUUAAAAUAAAGAAAAUACAGUACUG